CGUUAAGCUUCGCACUCCUUCAGCUGUGCUGUCUGACCGGAAUGAUGAUACACGAGCGAGGUAUGCUGACUACCAAUGGUCGCAGAUGAUGGGUAUAUAUCCUGCAGUCACACCACGAACAAUACUAUUACAUACCCGAUCCUAGCCAAAGUCGUCCAUUGCUCGCAAACACAAUCAUGACCACCGUCAACGGUACAACGAUUCGCCAAGGUACUCACAGCGAGACGAUAUGCACUGAUGCGACCUGGACGAGCGUCGUGAAAUUCAUCCUGCUAAACUACGUCACGCACGUAUUCACAAUCAUGUUGCAACCGGGAGCAGUCAGCAGUGUGUCACUUGCUUGGGCGGUCGGCUCUCUUUUCAUGCCGCUGUUGGGCACUUUGCGGGCGCUGGGCAUGGUGCUGUCGCCGCCGGCAUUCCUGGAAAGCUCCUUUAUAAGCGCUACUCGCUGCGGGGCUCUCUGUAUAGUUGUGGGGUUCAAAGGUGAAGAUUGUGUGGUGCCGACUGCUUUCGCGGAUGCGAAUAUGAAGCUAAACGACUUUGCGUUGGGGUUCCAUGAUUCGGCACAGGUGCACGGUUAUUACCCAACCAACCUAGCAGCGCGCGCUUCCUUUCCCCGCCGGAUCUUUGAUUCCUUCCGAAGCCUCUUUCAGCGUCGACGUACCGAUACUGGAGAGAUUUACUAUCGCAUUGCCCCCAUCCCCCGCGAGGGGCACGCACACGGCUUAGGGGACGAUGUCAACUCUAUGCGUAAAAUGGAGAUCGCAGCUUCGUACAGCUUCGUACAAGGAAUCGCCGCCAUCGCACAGAUCUUCUUUGCGAGUAAGGAGCUAUACGACGCUCGCGGAGUCCAGAUCGACCGAUACGGAUAUGCAGCAUAUGGACUAACGGUGAUACCGUACCUGUGGAUGUCCUUCCUCAACCUUCUCGCGGCGAUAAUGCGUCCACGAUACACUCAUAUGUACCUGCUACACUACGGCGGCCCACAUUGUCCAUGUACCCCUCCAGAUAGUUCCUUUGGAGCAGAUUCCCACUAUGAUACUACCUUCGUAGAAAGAGAGGAAAUCGGAAAAGAACGGGUGGUACUAGGUGUCCGCGAGGUUGAUAAGGAACUACAGGAUAAAGUUAUUGGUGCGGUAGGGGUGCUACACAUUCCACCGGCGGAUUUUAAAAUCAAUAAUUACGAGAGAAUACUAAGAUCGUUGAAAACGCCGAAAUACAGAUAUUUCAUGAUUGCAAUGCUGUUUUUAUAUUCCAUCUUGUGGCUUCUCUCAAUGAUUGUCCCCUACGUCAUCAUAUACGUCAUGACAGGUUUCAAAGCGGCUGGGAGCACUUCUGUCCAGCGGUUCUCUGUUGUCGGUUGGCUCGCUAUUGGACAGGCGCUGGCAAUAUUCCUGCCAUUCGUGAACAUUUUGGGUGGGAAAAAGACACUGAUGCCGUACCUCGCAGUGACGGUUACUCUUCUGGCUGCUGUGGGGAUCUUCUCGGUGGUGAAUGUUUCCAAGAUGAUCCUGGAGAGCGGAGUUUGCAUCAAAAUCUGA